AACGACGUAUUUAUUGCUGCUUUUCGCAACGCAGGAACCCGACGGACAAGGCCCGGCCCAGCGAGUCCAUGUCCCAUUCCAGCCCGACGCCCGAGGUGACGACGACGACAAUGAUGACCACGCGCGGUACGAAGCGAUCUCGAUCCCAUGAAGACGCGCGCAGCGACUCGAAGGUGAGCCCGCGCGCCAAGCCCCACACAUACGACAUGCGUCCCGCCGCCGACGCCGAUGCGACCGUGCUCAACCCGAGCCUCAUGACCGAGCGACAGCAGCUCGCGUUCCUCCUUCGAAAGACUGCGCCGGCCAAGUCGCCGGCCAACAGUGAUUCCCACGCAACCGAUGACACGGGUUUCAAGCGCAAGCCGUCGCCGGUGCACAAGGACGCCGAGAUUAUGACAGCACGAAAGAGCCGCGCCGUGAAGAAAGCGCCCGCGGCCGUUGAGAUCCUCUGCUGUGUUUGCUCCAAGUACACGUGCACGACAGCACUCUUCAUCUGCGACCACUGCGACAAGAAGUACCCGACACAGAAGAAGCUCGGGCUCAUUUCGGUAUGACUGCAACGCAGACGCUACCUUGAACAGCACCACCAUCAUCUACCAACCACGUCCUCCUCAAUACAUCGUGUAUCUCAUCCUCGUCGGUGGCCGCUGUAGUCGUCGUUCUCGAUCGAUUAGUCGUUAUUUAGUACAUCCUCCUCCUCUUUGCGUCCA